AUGGUAGCCAAAAAGCUGUAUUCCAUUGUCUCAACACUUCUGACACUUCUGGAUGGCAUAGACAACAGAGGGGAGAUUGUGGUAGUCGGAGCCACCAACAGACUAGAUUCUACAGAUCCUGCUUUACGGAGACCAGGACGCUUUGACAGAGAGUUCCUCUUCAACUUGCCAAAUAAAGAGGCUAGAAAAGAAAUUUUCAAGAUUCAUACUCGUGACCGGAUCCCUAAGCCACCGGACCUGUUGUUUGAUGAGCUAGCUGAGAAAUGCAUUGAAUGUGGUGCAGAUAUAAAAUCCUUAUGUGCUGAAGCUGCGCUGUGCUCUCUGUGUCGACGCUAUCCUCCGAUCUAUGCAAGUGGGGAGAAAUUGCGACUAGACGUUAAUUCCAUGAAAAUAAAAGCAAAGGCUUUUUUGAUGGCUGUGAAGAAGGUUGUUCCAGCUUCAAACAGGAUUGUGGCUUCACCUGGACAAGCACUAUCACCCAUUUUUAAGCCGCUUUUUGAAAAUUCAGUAGCGAAUAUUUUACAAGCCGCGCAGAAGACAUUUCCGCAUGCAGAGCUUGCGCUAAAGAAGGACCGACAGCAAGACAAUUUAGAUCCUAUUUUACAAGAUGAUAUACUUGACAGUGAUGACGACGCAUCCUCAAUCUCUGGAGAUGAACUACCAGAUAAAAUGCCUGACAGACCCGAGGAAAAAUUCCUCUGUUUCUGCAGGAGUGCUUACUACAAACCGCCAUCAUGUCAGCCCCAUCUGCUAAUAGUAGGAAAAGCGGGAUAUGGCCAGGUUUCUUAUUUGGCACCCGUGGUGUUGCAUGCUUUGGAGAAGUUUCCCGUUCACACCCUGGACCUAUCCAUUCUGUUUACAAACAUUGCACCGCCAGAAGAAAUAUGCGGAGAGGUAUCUUUUUUCUUUUUAUUCUCAUUUGUCUUCUUCAGGUUAUUACUAAUUUUAACAGGUACUCAUCUUUUUGGAAUAGAGUAUGGUUUUUUUGUGGCCUUAAAUCUGAAAUGUUUUUUCUCCUUCUGCUUUAGAUCCAAAAAUGAUUUCUUAAGGAAUUUGGAGAAGUUUACGAGUAAGGAGGACAGAGCAAGAAUUUUUGAGGACCUAAUUCUAAAUCGAACUGCUAAGCCUCCGGUAAAGAAAGCAGUUCGCCGGACAUUGCAAGUCCUGCCUGUAGCGUCACCAGCUGAGCCUCAAGAGCCGACAGAGGAAGAAGUAGGACUGCUGGAGGAGGAAGUGGAGGAUACGUUGCGUGAACUUAGAAUUUUCUUAAGGGAGGUUACUCAGAGACUUGCCACUGACAGACGUUUCAUGGAAUUUACAAAGCCCGUUGACCCACAGAAGGUACCUGGUUAUGCAACAAUCAUUAAAGAGGCAAUGGAUCUUUCAACAGUCCUCAGUAAAAUUGACUCGCCCCAAUACCUAAGUGCAGGAGACUUUCUGAAGGAUAUUGAUCUAAUCUGUAACAAUGCCUUAGAAUACAACCCAGAUCAAAGACCUGCAGGAAGAGAUUGUUUUGCAGGUACAGGAUACUUCAUUGAGACUGUAUUCUACAUAAACAGAAAACCUGACCGAAGAAAUUUGUGUCAUUCCAGAUUCUUAGACACUUCAACUGACUCCUACUGGACAUUCUCAGGUAGGACAGCAACAGAUGAGUGUUGAGAACACCGUGGAAGCUUCUACAG